UUCAACAUUCCCUAUCCAGUUCCUCUGUUGCAUGUAAGUUCAUGAACCAGCAUUAAGUUCUAAGCAAAGGAUAAUCAGGCUUCAAAAUUCUGACUGUGGUGUUUCCAGCAAGUAGUGUUAAGCAAUGAGAAAAUUCAGUAACACUUUUCAUCACUCUGAUGGCUUUGUUCUGGUGGGCUUCUCUGAAUGGCCCAAACUAGAAAUGGUUCUUUUUCUGGCCAUCUCUGUUUUCUACAUAAUGACCCUCCUUGGGAAUUUAGCCAUCAUUAUCUUGUCAUGCCUUGAUGCCAGGCUCCACACCCCCAUGUAUUUCUUUCUGUCUAAUCUCUCUUUUUUGGACCUUUGCUGUACUACUUCCCCUGUCCCCCAAAUGCUGGUCAACAUCCAAAGCCACUGGAGAAAUAUCAGCUACCUAGGAUGCAUAGCUUAACUUUUCAUAUUCCUUAGUUUAGGAUCCACUGAAUGUGUACUUCUUUCAGUAAUGGCCUUUGGUCGUUAUGUAGCUAUCUGCCAGCCUCUCCAUUACACAGUUAUCAUGCACUCUUGGCUAUGCCAACAACUGGCAGCAGUGGCUUGGGUAACAGGUUUCAGCAACUCUUUGGUGCAAAUAGUGUUGACCUUCUUGUUACCUCACUGUGGUCCAUAUCAGGUGGAGAAUUUCUUCUGUGAGGUACCUGCCAUGCUUCAAUUAUCAUGUGUUGAUACAUGGAUCAAUGAAGUGGAGAUGUAUGCUGCUGUAGUGGUCAUAAAAGUCUCUUAAAAUUUUGAUUAUAAGGAAUUUCACUUAUUCAACAAAUAUUUGAGUGCCUAAUUGUGUGCCAGGCACUGUUCUAGGCACUUUGGAUUUAUCAGUGGACCAACAAAGAACUUUGCACCAUGGAACUUACAUUUUGGUUUGGGAGAAAUCAAUGAUAAGCAAUAGAUACUAAAUAUCAUGUUAGAAGAUGGUAAGUGCUCUGGAAAGGAAAAAUGUGGAGUAUGGUAAGAAGAUGGGGAUUGUGGGGCAGGAGGCAUACAUUGCAAGUUUAAAUAGAGUGGUAAGAGUAGGACUCACCGUAGCUGUGGCAUUUGAGCGAAGACUUGAAGGUGAGAGGAGACAAUGCAGAUAUUUGGGGUAAAAAUGUUCCAGGCAGAGGGAUCAGCCAGUGCAAAGGCCCAGGGAUAGGAGUGUGUUUGGCUUGUCCGAGAGAUAGGAAAGAGGCCAAUGAGAAUGGAAUGGAGUGUGUGAGAAGAGAAUAUCAGAGAGAUUACACAGGGACCUGAUUGGUUAGGGCAGGGGUUGGCAAUUUUUUUCUAUACAGGGCCAGAUAGUAAAUAUUUUAGGCUUUGCAGGCCAUAUGGUCUCUGUCACGACUACUCAAUUCUGCCUUUGUAGCACAAAGGUGGCCAUAGACGAUACUUAAAGCUUUACUGGAAUAUAGCCAUGCUCAUUUGCUUAUUUAUGGACUCUAAAUUUAUUUUAUAUGUCAUAAAAUAUUCUUUUUCUUUUGUUUUCCACCAUUUAAAAAAUGUAAAAACCAUUUUUAGCUCCCAUUCUUAGCUCAUGGGCCACAUAAAAACAGGUAUCUGGCUGCAUUUGGUCUGUGGGCCAUAGUUUGCAAGCCCAUGGUGAAGGGUUUCCAGGGCCCUUAUAAGAUCUUUUGUUUUGGGACUUCCCUGGCGGUCCAGUGGUUAAAACUCCGCGCUUCCAAUGCAGAGGGCACUGGUUCGAUCCCUGGUCAGAGAACUAAGAUCCCAGAUGCCACGUGGCGUGGCCAAAAGAUUUUUUUUUUAAAAAAAGAUCUUUUGUUUUUACUCAGAGUUUAAAGGGGGAGCCAUUAGCAGGUUUUGAGCAGAUAAGUAAAAUGAUUUGAUUUAUAUUUUUAAGGGAUCACUCUAUGGAAUGAUGUCUAAGAUUUGCUUCAAAAUAAUCUGGAGGGCAGGGUACUAUGGGGGUUAAAGAUGAAUCAAGAUGGGUCAUACAUUAAUAAUUAUUGAGUCUGUAUAAUGGGUAUAUAGGGUUUAAUAUAGUAUUCUCUAUGCUAUUAUGUAGGGUUUUCCAUACUAGAAGGUUAAAACAAAAAUAGGCACUCUGGCUGCUUAUUUGGAGCAGACUGUGAGGAGGGAAGGUUAGGAAUGAGAAAAGCAAUUAGGAGGCUAUUACGGUAAUCCUUGAGAGAUGGCAGUGGUGGCUUUGUCUGGAGUGGUAGCCCUGGAGGUGGUGAAAAGUGGUUGGGUUCCAGGGCUUCCCUGGUGGCGCAGUGGUUGAGAGUCCGCCUGCCGAUGCAGGGGACACGGGUUCGUGGCCCGGUCCGGGAAGAUCCCACAUGCCGCGGAGCGGCUGGGCCCGUGAGCCAUGGCCGCUGAGCCUGCGCGUCCGGAGCCUGUGCUCCGCGGCGGGAGAGGCCACAGCGGUGAGAGGCCCGCGUACCGAAAAAAAAAAAAAAAAAAAAAAGUGGUUGGGUUCUGGAUGAAUAUUGAAAGUAGAGCCAAGAGGAUUAACUGUGUAUCGGGUAUGAGGUGUGAGAGAAAGAUAGGAGUUGGGGAGGCUUCCAGGUUUUGGCCUGAACAGGGAGAAGGGUAAAGUUGCCAUAAACUGAAUGGAAAAAUCUGCAAGUAGAAGAGAUGUGGGCGGAAAGAUCAUCAUGAGUUCAGUUUUAAACAUUUAAGUUUGAGAUGUCUACCAGAUAUCCUAGUGGAAAUAUUAAACCGACAGUUGUCUAUGCGAGUUUGGAGUUUGGGAGGAAGUUUUGGACUGAAGACAUAAAUUUGGGAGUCAUUGUCAUGUAGGUAUCUUUAGCUUGGACUGGGUAAGAUCACUGAGUGAGGGAGUGUAGAUAGAGAGGAGAACAGUACCAAGCACUGGGCCUUGCAGCAUUCCAGUGUUAAGUAGUCAGGAGAGUAGGGAGAGAUAGCAGAGGAGACUGAGAAGUCACCAGGGAGACAGGAGGAAAACCAAGAGAGCAUAGUAGCCUAGAAAUCAAGGAAAGAAAGCGUUUCAAGGAGAGGGGAAAGAUCAGUGAUGUAAAAAUACUGCUUGAGUAAGACGAGGACAACAAAUUGACCCCUGAAUUUAGCAAUGUGAUUAUUGGUAAUCUGGAUGAGCAGUUUAGGUGGAGUGAUGAUGGCAAAAGCUACAUUGCCAAGGGUCAGGGCAAAGAAAUGGAGUAAGAACAGUCCGGAAAAGUGAGGGAAAGAAGUCCGCUCUUUAAGAUGGAAGAAAUAACAAGUAUGUACAGUCAGCCCUCUGUAUCCGCAGGUUCUGCAUCUGAAGAUUCAACCAAUUGCAGAUUGAAAAUAUUUGGAAAAAAAUUCCAGAAAGUUCCCAAAAGCAAAACUUGAAUUUGCCUUGCACAGGCAACUAUUACAUAGCAUUUGCGUUGUAUUAGGUUUUAUAAAUAAUCUAGAGAUGAUUUAAAGUACGGGAGGAUGCACGAAGGUUACAUGCAAAUACUAUGCCAUUUUAUAUAAGGGAUUUGAGCAUCUGUGGAUUUUGGUAUCCACAGGAAGUCUGGAGCCAAUCCCCUGAGGAUACUGAGAGACUAUUGUAUGUAUACUUGUUAACAUAUAGAACAUAACAGUAUGCAUGCAAAGAGAGUGACCCAUGAAGAGGAAA